CAUGUCUCUGUCAAGUCUCUGUACUAUCAAUUUCUUCUCCGCGUUUCUUUUAUCAGACUGACUUGUCCUGUUUCUUUCUUUAUGCCUUCAACGUUCAAAGCGCGUCUUCCCAGGACUUCUUCUCUUCUUCCUUUUCUUUUUCUUCUAGUUUUUGUUCACUGUUAGUCACCUCAUACCGGACGAUAAUGGAAGAGAACGGCGAAGAGAAAUUAAUAGCGGUGGCGCGACACAUAGCCAAGACUCUUGGCCACAACGAAUCCAUGGCCGACGAUAUUUUGCAAAUUUUUUCUAACUUUGAUGGGAGAUUUUCUCGCGAGAAAUUGUCCGAUAAAAUCGGCGGUGACGAUAUGAGAGCCUGUGCCUCACUUGAACAGACCCUCGAGUCUUUAGAACGUCAGAUCUCGCAGUACGUAGUCGCCGAUCAUCCGAUCUGGUCCGACUCCGCUGAUUCCUCUGCCUUCCUCGACUCCGUCGAUGAAUUAAUCGCAAUGAUCAGAGACUGGACUCAUAUGGCUACUGCAGACAAAACCAUCAGCGCGUGUUUGGUACGCGCAGAGGACUUCAUGCAACAGGCCAUGUUCCGUCUGGAGGAGGAGUUCAGACUCUUAAUGGAACGUGGCUGUGAGGCAUUUGAAAUUGUGCGUCCGUAUGGAAACGCCGAGUCAACGGGAAACACAUUUUUCGACUCUGAUGAUGAUGAUGAUGAUGGAGAAGAAGCAGUUAUCACCAACGGUGAGGAUCACAGUCAGAUCCCUGUCGCGCAACCACUUACUGACUACGAUAUUGUAAUCGACGCGCUUCCAUCGGGAACUAUUAACGAUCUUCAUGAGAUCGCAAAGCGGAUGGUAGCAGCUGGUUUUGGUAAAGAGUGCUCGCACGUGUACAGUAGCUGCAGGAGGGAGUUUCUGGAAGAAAGUAUGUCGAGGUUAGGGAUACAGAAGCUGAGCAUCGACGAGGUCCAAAAAAUGCCAUGGCAAGACCUUGAGGACGAGAUUGAUAAGUGGAUUAAGGCUGCUAAUGUUGCUCUCCGUAUCCUCUUCCCAAGCGAGCGUCGUCUAUGUGAUCGCGUGUAUUUUGGAUUCUCAUCUGCAGCUGAUUUGUCGUUUAUGGAGGUUUGUCGGGGAUCCACCAUUCAGAUUCUCAACUUCGCUGACGCGGUGGCAAUCGGAAGCCGGUCACCGGAGCGGUUGUUUAAGAUUCUUGAUUUGUUUGAGACUUUAAGAGAAUUAAUGCCUGAAUUUGAGUCUAAUUUCUCUGACCAAUACUGUUUAGUUCUUAGAAAUGAUGCCGUUGCAAUAUGGAAGAGAUUAGGAGAAGCUAUAAGAGGGAUAUUUAUGGAGCUGGAGAAUUUAAUCAGGCGAGACCCAGCUAAGGCUCCAGUGCCUCGUGGUGGGCUUCACCCCAUCACACGCUACGUAAUGAAUUAUCUACGUGCUGCCUGCCGAUCAAGACAGACCCUUGAACAAGUAUUUGAGGAGAAUGUUAAUGUUGUUCCAUCUAAGGAUUCGGCCUCCUCUUCACUGUCAGUUCAAAUGGCGUGGAUUAUGGAGUUAUUGGAGAGUAAUUUAGAGGUUAAGUCAAAGAUUUAUGGGGACCCUGCUUUGUGCAAUAUUUUUAUGAUGAAUAAUGGAAGAUAUAUUGUACAAAAGGUCAAGGAUACUGAAUUGGGUUCACUUUUAGGGGAUGAUUGGAUUAGAAAGCACAAUGCGAAAAUCAAACAAUUUCAUAUGAAUUACCAGCGAAGCUCAUGGAAUAAAGCUUUGGGAGUGUUGAAAUCAGAUAAUGGCUCUACAACUUCUAAUGUUGGAGGAGGGGGGAAGUCAUUGUCUAUGAAAGACAAGAUUAGGUUAUUUAAUUCCUACUUUGAGGAGACUUGUAAAACUCAAUCCCAAUGGGUCAUAUUCGACGAGCAGCAGAGAAACGAGUUGAGGAAUUAUUUGGCUAACCUGUUGCUGCCAGCGUAUGGAAACUUUAUUAAAAGGUUCCAGAAUUCUCCGGAAGUUGGGAAGCAUGCUGAAAAAUAUAUUAAGUACAGUGUGGAGGACAUUGAUGUGCAGAUUAAUGAGUUGUUCCAGGGAGGUGGUGGAUCAGAUGGCAGCAGAAAGUGAAGGUUCAAUUAUGUUUGUGAAGCACUUUACUCUUACGAAUAUGUGGACAUUCUCCAGCAUGACACUUAACACGAAAUGCUUCCGGCACAGGGUAUUAUGACAUUCUACUAACUUGUGUUUUUUUUAGUAGUAUAUUACUAUUAGUGUAGUAUCUCGUAUUCGUUUUGUUACAGCUUCAUGUAUGUAGAAUUGGACUGUUCAGUUUUAUUCUCCUUUUCUGUGUUUUGAUUAUAUAGUGUAGUACUGCACUGAGUAACAUGGAGAUGGACAGACGUGAUCUUUGUAGAUCAUUGAAGAA